GUCGCCGCUCUUAUUUCGCGCUGCAAUCGGAUUUCUCUAUACAAAACCCUCGUUCUUGUAAACACAUUCAAUACAAAAAACAGAAAUGGCAGAAAGAGGCGGAGGUGAGCGUGGAGCUUUCAGGCGUGGCUUCGGUGGCAGAUCCGACCGUGGUCCAAGAGGAAGGCGUCGAGGCCGCAGAGAUGAAGAAGAGAAAUGGGUGCCCGUUACAAAGCUCGGACGUUUGGUCAAAGCCGGUAAAAUCACGUCCCUUGAGCAAAUCUACCUCCACUCUCUCCCCAUAAAGGAGUACCAAAUCAUCGACCAGCUCGUUGGCCCUUCAUUGAAAGACGAAGUCAUGAAGAUCACUCCAGUCCAGAAACAAACCCGUGCCGGGCAGCGUACCCGGUUCAAGGCCUUUGUCGUCGUUGGCGAUGGAAAUGGACACGUCGGGUUGGGAGUGAAAUGUAGCAAAGAAGUUGCAACGGCUAUAAGAGGGGCGAUCAUAUUGGCGAAAUUGUCUGUGAUACCGGUGAGGAGAGGUUAUUGGGGGAAUAAGAUCGGGAAACCUCACACUGUGCCGUGCAAAGUUACUGGGAAAUGUGGGUCUGUUACUGUUAGGAUGGUGCCUGCGCCGAGAGGUGCUGGGAUCGUGGCUGCUAGGGUGCCCAAGAAGGUGCUUCAGUUUGCUGGGAUUGAAGAUGUUUUCACUUCUUCCCGUGGUUCUACUAAGACUCUUGGUAACUUUGUAAAGGCUACCUUUGAGUGUCUUUUGAAAACAUACGGUUUCUUGACUCCUGAUUUUUGGAAAGAGACUCGUUUCACAAGGUCUCCUUUCCAGGAGUAUACUGAUCUAUUGGGAAAGCCGGUGAAGACUCUUGUACUUGAAGAUGCAGAGAGGGUGUUGGAUGCCUGAUGAUGUUGAGCUCCGUAGGGUAGCAAUGCAAGUUGUUUUUGCCUGUUAAGGCAGGCAAUGCCUUUGUUUACUUAUUUGGCUGUCAUAAGAUAUUUUGCACUUUUUCAGCAACUUGAAGUUUUGUUUUGAAUCAAUACGGAUUUUAUUCUUCAAAGCUUAUGGUUGA